AUGCUGCCAAUUCUGAGUAUCCUUUCUGUCGUGGCCCAAGCCAACGCCUGGGUAUACGUCACACGCAAUGCCUCCAACGACCGCAACUCGUGGCACUCGGAUGAUGUCCAGCCAUGCACACCCAUCGACCAAUCCACAAAAUAUAAAUUCCUUUGGGACGCCCAGGGCGGGGACUGGUGUAUCUAUCUGCACGAGGACCGUAACUGCACGAACCUUUACAAGUAUGAAUGCAGCAAUAGAGACUGGAACGAAGCCCCCAGUGCGACUUUGGGUUCGUUUUCGAUUGAAACCGGCUAUUCAUCAUCAUCACUACUCACCGCCACGUCAACCCCAACUGAUCAGAGCAAGCUCCCUUCUUCGACACCGCAACCACAACUGCCAUCAUCCUCGCUCUCAGGGGGCCAAACCGCAGGCGCUGUUAUUGGCUCCGUAGCUGGUGCAGUCCUCAUUGCUCUAGUGGCCUUCUUCUUGGGUCGUUGUCGGAGAAAGCCCCUAUAUCCUCGGCCAGAAAUGACGACGACGAAUGUCAAUUCACCAGCAAAGGAAGUCGUUCGACAACAACCACAAUCACCGCCAGCGGAAGAUUCCAAUACCGUUUUCAAUACACCGCCGACUGCGUUCCCCGCCCCUACACAUAUUCAGAGCAUGCCUGCUGAGCUUGUCGCCGAUGGUCGGACCGUGGAGAUGAGUGACUCCCAGCGGGUUGUGGAAAUCGAAGAUAAUCAAAAGAGGGAUAUCGAUAACCCGUAA